AUGACCACAACAUAUCCCGCCGACCUCCGCUGGUAUAUCGUCCAUACCUAUACGGGCCAGGAGGACAUGGUCAAGCGUAACCUUGACCUCCGCCGUCAGAGUUUGGGCAUGGACGACCGGAUCGCCCGAGUGGAGGUGCCGGCCGAAGACGAAAUCACCCGCAACAAGGGUGAACGGACCAAGCAACGUCGCAAGCUGUUCCCGGGCUAUAUCCUGGUGCAGAUGGUGAUGGAUGACGAAGCCUGGUUCCUGGUGCGGAACACCACCGGGGUGACGGGUUUCAUUUCGGCUGAGGAAGAGGGUGGAGACCGCCCGCGUCCGGUCCCGCUGGACGACCGUGAGGUCGACGACAUUCUGGAUCGCGUCGCCUCCGGCGAGCCGCGCGCCGUCAUUGGCAUGGUUCACGGCGACACGGUGAGGAUCUCCGAGGGCCCGUUCGCCGACAUGCUGGGCCGGGUGGAGGAGGUGGACGAACACCGGGGACAGGUCACCGUUUUGAUCUCCGUGUUCGGCCGCGAAACCCCGGUUGAGCUGGACUUCACCCAGGUGGAAAAGGCCUGA